AUGGCAUUUAAUCAAAGCUUUACUCAAUACCUUGGUGGUCUAGAAAAUGCCAUUAAUAACAAAGAUGGAAGAAGAUUGGGGCGUCUGCUUUCCAUUCGAGAUUCACAUAUCCAGAAUCCAGGCUUAAAGCAAAGGGAAGAUGUUAUACACCAUUACGUAUGCCAGCGAUUUGUUCCUCCAUACGUUGACCUCGUUGCUGACCAUAUGAAAGUUAUUGCUGCUAUCAACCAUUAUGACCCUCGCCAUGCUUUCGAUGCACAGUUAGGAUUAAUGCAUUCAUUUGCACGCGCUUUGCAAUCUCAUAAAGAUGAAAACUGGGGAAUCUUAACUAUGUAUGUAGUAAUUUCCGAAUUGACAGCAUUGGCGUUUAGAGUUUACUAUUAUUCCAAAGGCAAGAGCACGGACGUCUUAGAAAAGACGGCGGAAGCAUUAAUGAACUGCUUUAGAGUAUGCGCUGGAGAUAGCCGUUCUGCUUUAGAAAAUUCCAAAAAAUGGGGCAUGUUAGGAAUUGUUAAUAACUUAUUCAAAAUUUAUUUCAAGUUAAAUAAAUUACAUUUAUGUAAACCAUUGACACGAGCUAUAAGUAGUGCUGCAAUAAAAGACGAUUUCCUCAAAUCACAUAUUGUAACGUACAGAUAUUACGUCGGACGGAAGGCUAUGUUUGAUAGUCAGUUCAAGGAAGCCGAUGAAAAUUUAUCAUUUGCUUUUAAUCAUUGCCAUGUUGCCAGUAGAAAAAAUAAAAGGCUAAUUCUUAUGUACUUAUUGCCGGUCAAGAUGAUGCUUGGUUAUAUCCCAAGCAAUAAACUUCUAUCGAAAUAUCGUUUGACACAAUUUAUAGAAAUCGCUAGUGCUGUGAAAAUUGGAAAUUUACUAAAAUUUAAUCAAGCUAUCGAGAAACAUCAGAAAUUUCUAAUUCGAUGUGGAGUAUAUUUAAUGUUGGAAAGGCUUAAAAUGCUAAUCUUUCGGAAUCUUUUCAAGAAAGUAUUCCUGCUAAUGCAAACAUACCAGCUGCCUAUUUCGGCAUUUGUAGUUGCACUUAGUAGUAUGCAGGAAGAAGGUAUUGAUGCAGAUGAGGUCGAAUGUAUUUUAGCAAAUUUAAUUUACACGGGAUAUGUUCGUGGCUAUAUAUCACAUCAACAUCAAAAACUAGUUGUGAGCAAACAGAAUCCGUUUCCUGUUCCAUCUCAAGUUGCAAUACGUUGA